ACUAAUAGUAUGUAAAGUUAAGCAUGUGAAUAAGUGCUUGCAAGAUCAGGGCCUGUUACUGUAUUGCAUAAUGGAAGAACAAAUACUAAAACAGAUUCAGAUUUCCACAGCACUGGAGAAAGUAUCAGGUCAAAAUAUAAAAUAUACAUCUACCAUUCCAGCUUUUAAAAUAUAUUAUAUAAUAAUACAUAAAUAAUCAUUAUUGUUAUAGACAAUUCUAAUGACCUCUCUCCAUAGUGUCCAUCUACAAUAUACCAGUAGAGUUAUUCAGCAAUGUAUUUGUGCCAUUCCUACAGGAAAGAGGCAUACAAAGGUCUGGAAGCUGCACAUUGAUGUAAAUAACAUGUAAUACAUUUCACAAAUGAUAAUGUAAACCAGAGUAAGAUAUAUAGCAGAAAGAGGAGAAAAAAUGCAUUCCCUGGGGCUGGAAAGUUAUUGAAAGUUCAGAGCCAGGGUAAAGCCAGUUUACAGCGCACGGGGGGAAUUUCCUUGGCUGUUCCCUACAAAUAAAUCAGUGGUGGUAUUUACACUGCAAAAAAAAAAGGGGGGGGGGUUAACACCAAAAGUGUGUAAAAUUAAUGGAUGUCCAUUAGAUUUUUAUUAUUUUAGUUAGAAAAUGGCUUUGCUCCUACCCUGGUAAAGGAAACAUAGAGGACAUUGAAAAGCGGGGGAGGGGGUUAAAUACAAAAGCACUUAUGUGUGGUGUCUAGCUCGGCAGAAAGGGUGCCUAGCUUCCAACAGCCGCAGCAGCUCCUCUCGCUUUCUGGGACUGUGCUGAAAGAAGCAGCCGCUGCCGCUCUAGCUCCUCCGGAGCUGAGAGAUCAGCUGAGCCUUGGUGUCACGUGGGCCGUGUGUCGAAGGUCACAGCGCUCACAAUGGAGCUGUCGGAGUAUGUGCAGAGCGGCUUGCAGAUCCUAGCCGAUUCUGGCUGCUUUUCUCCUAGCGCCUACACGGUUCUGCUCCAGACGGCUUUCCAGAGCCUGCUCAACGCCCAGGCGGACCAGGUAGCUUUAGAUCACCCAGUCUUGAAACAUAUUGACCCAACAGUAUUAAAACAUUGUCAUGCAGCAGCUGCAACUUGUAUACUGGAGGCUGGAAAACACAAAGCCGACAAAUCUGCUAUAAGCACAUGUCUAGAAGACUGUAAAUUUGAUAGAGAGAGAAUAGAGCAAUUUUGCACCGAAUAUCAGAAAAACAAAGAUACGUUGGAACUCAUAUUGGGAAGUAUAGGCAGGUGUCCUCUGCACAUAACCGAUGUUUCUUGGCGCCUGGAAUAUCAAAUCAAGACCAGCCAACUUCAUAAAACUUAUCGACCUGCCUAUUUGGUGACCUUAAAUGUGGAGAACAGCGACUCAAGAUCACACCCUGACGUUAGUUUUAGUUGCACUAUGGAACAGUUACAGGAUUUAGUUGGAAAACUAAAAGAUGCAGCAAAAAGCCUAGAAAGAGCAUCUCAGAUGUGAUCGAAGGAAAUUGACAAUCCACUGGGUUCAAGAGGAAGAAAAGUGCACUGGCUCCUAACAGUUUCUUCGUCGGGAACAUGCUGAAUCAAUUUUCUUCUUUUUAAAAUAUCAUGUAGUCACAAACUUAGACCUUAUUACUUAUGUAUCAGCUAUUGAAUCUGAAAUUCUGUAUUCUAGUAAGUGUAACUACUCUUUCUGUGCAGUCAAAUGUAUGUUCUUUGUUAAAAUCCUGUUUUCUUAUCACAACUGGUCGUACAUUAGAUGGGUAGAUAAUUGUUUUGUCUUUAAAAUAUUCACUUUAUUUUACUUUGUGCUUUCUUCUGAAAUAUUAUUUUUCCACACGUUAUAAUAAAAUGGAUUAAUUUCUUCUCUCCAUUUUUGUGGAUGAAAAGUUCCCAAGGGGAGGAAACAGCCGCUCCGUUUAAAAUGACAUUUCCUUGGAGGAACAGGUAUUAUCGUUCAAAAGGCAAAAACUAGUGCAGUGCGAUACUGUUAAGGUUCUAGCGAUAUGAUUUGUUAGAUUGUAAUGCCGUUGUCCGUCUAUUGCUGUAUCCUUCACUCCGAGUGAUGUUGCACCUUGGGUGAGAUUAAAAUUAACUCAAACUUUACA